AUGGGUCAAGCCACAUUCCUGGUGGACAUGAUCUUAUCACCCAUUUAUGGUACGAACAUUGUACUUGCCAUCCAGUGGAUGCGUCAACUUGGUCCAAUCAUGCUUGACUACAACCAGCUGUGGAUGCAAUUUAGCUACAUGGGCCAACAAAUCCAACUCAAUGGAUUGGAUCGGUCUCAAUACGAUGCAACCCGCCCAACUUUUCUCCAAAAAUCAGUUAACAAGGAUCCAAACCCAAACUUUGGCUCCAAUGCACCGUUCAUAUUCCUUAGCGAAUUCCAGAACAUUCUCAGCAACUACAAUGAUCUCUUUCCCUACUUUGACGAGCCUUCCACUGGCCAGGGAACACGACCACCGAAUUCCUCUACUGCCAGCUCCGACUGGAAUUCACAUUCGCUCUACCUUCGCAAGAUACUUCUAGGACCGGAAUUGCCGUUGUCCUGCUUUAGAGAGGGCAUCCAAUACCCUAUUUCAGCAAACAACUGUGUCCGUGAUUGCAGGAAUCCUCAACUUAUACUAGAGAAAUAUUUGCGUUCACGGAAUCUAUCAAGAAAUGUCAUGUCACCUUAUGAAGCGGUAUUUGGUAGAAUUUUGCCAACAUUGCAUGAUUACUUGGCCAAAACUUUAACGGUGGUAGCGGUAGAUGACAUUCUCGCCGAGCGCACAACACUCAUCUCCGCCUUAUGUGAGAAUUUAAAAAGAGCUCAAGUGAGGAUAUGCAACCAGGCGUACGCAGGAAGGACAGAUGUUCAAUUCCAUACUAAUGUGUUAAUUCUACUGGAAAUGGGGAAGGUGCGAGAUAUAGUGGAGAAGUUUAAAGACUUGGCUGUCGUCGCCACUGGAGACACAGGAUAUAUCUGUACCCUGGUGCCUGUAUUUGACGAAGAUGCUGAUCGUGAAGAUGUUGCUAUUAUGGUUGCCAGUGAAGAUGUUGCUAUUGCUAGUGAAGAUCAUGGAGAUGAUGCUGUUAUUGUUGCCGGUGAAGCUCGUCGAGACGUUGUUGUGACGGUUAUUGGUGAAGAUCGUGGAGACGAUGCUUUUAUUGUUGCUGGUAAAGAUCAUAGAGAUGAUGAUGCACCUCAUUCACUGAACCUGAUCCACCCCCAAGAUAAGCUCAUCAUCUCCCAAUUCCCAGCCAUUCCCAACAUACCACCAACACCCCUUAAACAACCAUGUUCUUCUUCCACUCCUUCCACCUCUUCUUCUUCUUCUUCUUCUUCAUCAUCAUCAUCUUCUUCUUUCAUUUUUACUUUUAACUCUUCCUACUAUUUAUCUUCUAAUACCAACCUUAAACCUUCCCAGAUAACCAUCCUUGAUCCUCACAAAAGAUCACCAACAUCACUAAACAACAAACUCAGAGUAGCACACUUUGUUUCCAUUACUGCAAAUGCAUGCAAGAAACCAAGUUCCUUCCCUUCAAAGAGAUCUUCUUCAGCUCAACUAGUAUCACUCUCCAGGAACAUCAACAACAAUCACAGUAAUCUUCAGAAGAAAGUCAGAGAAGCCCAUUCUGUUUCCAUUGCUACAAAUACAUGCAGAAAAGCACCAGGCCAUUUUCUUAAGAUACAAAAUCCAUUGCCUUUAAAUAGAUCUUCUUCAGCUCAACCAAUAUCACUCUCCAGGAACAACAACAACAAUCACAGUAAUCUUCAGAAGAAACUCAUAGAAGCACACUUUGUUUCCAUUACUGCAAAUAUAUGCAAAAAAACACCAACUCAUUGUCUUAAGAAACAAAAUCCUUUGCCUUCAAAGAUAUCUUCCCCAGCUCAGCCAGUAAUACUGCAGAGAAACAACAACAAUCACAGCAAUCUUCAAAAGAAACUCAGAGAAGCACACUCUAUUUCCAUUACUACAAAUACAUGCAAAAAAGCACCAGCUCAUUGUCUUCAGAAGCCAAAUCCUUUGCCUUCAAAGAGAUCUUCACCAGCUCAGCCAGUGUCACUUCUCAAGAACAACAACAAACUCAGAAAAACACCCCCUGCUUCCAAUACUGCAAAUGCAUACAAACAAGUACCAUCUGAUGGUCAUAAUGCAUUGAAUGCAGGCUUUAAGAAGGCAAGGAGGAACAGAAAAGAUGAGGUUGGUGUGAGUUCUUCUGCUGAUUGGGGUUGUAGUGGAGAAGUGAUCUCUAUAUGCAUUGCUGGGAUUCCUCCUUCAGAGGACUUUGAUCAUCCUUUAGUGUCCAUGGAUUGUUUCAUUUUUGUUUGAAUUGAAUUCUAUGUAGAUAUAUGUUUUGAGAAUUUAUGUA